UGAAACCAUGGCACCAAGAAGAAUAAGGAAAGUCAGCAAUCAGGCAGAAGGACACUCAGAUGGGCAAAUUAGCAAGGAGAUACGCCAAAAGCAAGGAGUGCUUUUUAUUCAGCAGUUCGAGAAAGAAGCACAGGACCGUAUAAAUGAGAUGGAGGCUAAAUUGGAGCAUACUCUUGCAACAGUCGAUCGGGUUUUUAAAGUGGAAUUGAUGAAAAUGCCACCUGCGCUUCAAAAAACAGUGAUAAUAGAUUUAAUUAAUGCGGAUGACAUUUCGGCAGGUGAAGUCACCAUCGCCAUAAAGACCGAAUCACCCGAGAUUCACCAGCCUCUCACUAGGAAGCUUAGUAAAGCUGUCUUGGGGGGUUCCAAGAAAGCCAGGUCACUUGCCGAUAGCUCAAGCACCGGAAGCCUACGGUGUGCCACAUCCACAAAAACAAAAAGAACCAAAACUCAUCUUGCCAAAAUCAGUGAUCAGUCUCCACUGACUGGAACUAAACCCAGAUCUGUUUUGCGGUCAGCCAGUGAUGACUACCUGUAUUGCUCCCUGUCUGGAUUGUCUCCACAUGUAAUGAUCUCUACAUCCCAUGGAGAGACAUUGUGCCUCUCGGAUGAUACUGUUGAAGAUGUCGACAUUGGGUUACUGGAUGACAUGGCUGUCUUCCAGAUGCAGAAGUUGAUGAAACUGAUGGACUACCUUUUCAACAAAGUCAAAGCGAAUCAGCCGCUGAAUGUGCAAUGA